CACGCUCCUCCAACCCUAAACUUCCGACGCGUCUCCGCGCGUGCCAAACACCACCACCAAAUCAACUCGUCCUUGUCCUCAGCACAGCACCGCACACGAACAAAACAAAACAAAGAAAAACAAAUUACCGAAAAACGUUUUCCCCCAAACCCCCAAAUCUCAAAAACUUCUUUUUCACGCACUGAUCACAGACUCAUCACUCAACUCUCCAUGGAGUUUCACGAAGGAGCUUGCGAGCUGAAACUACUCCAAACUCUCGAUGGCCACACCGACAGAGUAUGGAGCCUCGCUUGGAACCCGGCCACCGGCACCGCCGAAACCCCUCUCGUCUUCGCCUCUUGCAGCGGCGACAAAACCGUUCGAAUCUGGGAACAAAAUCCUUCUCCUUCUUCUUCCUCUUCUUCCUAUUCCUCUUGGAACUGCAAGGCAGUUUUAGAAGACACGCACACGAGAACCGUCAGAUCUUGCUCCUGGUCUCCAUCAGGAAAAUUACUAGCCGUUGCUAGCUUCGAUGCCACCACUUCAAUUUGGGAAAACGUUGGUGGCGAUUUCGAAUGUGUUUCCACAUUAGAGGGUCAUGAAAAUGAAGUGAAAAGCGUGUCGUGGAACGCGUCCGGGACGCUGCUCGCCACGUGUGGCCGGGAUAAGUCGGUAUGGAUUUGGGAAGCGCAGCCGGGGAACGAGUUCGAGUGUGUUUCGGUUUUGCAAGGACAUUCACAGGAUGUUAAGAUGGUUCUGUGGCAUCCUACAUUGGAUGUUUUGUUCUCUUGUAGCUAUGAUAACACUGUUAAGGUUUGGGCAGACGAUGAUGAUGAUUGGCAGUGUGUUCAGACUUUAGGUGAACCUAACAAUGGUCAUUCUUCGACGGUUUGGGCACUUUCUUUCAACAAAACCGGAGAUAAAAUGGUCACAUGUAGUGAUGAUCUUACUCUAAAGAUAUGGGAAAUGGACAGCACAAGUAUGCAAUCUGCUGAUGGCUAUGCUCCUUGGAGACAUCUCUGCACUAUCACAGGUUAUCAUGAUCGAACGAUUUUCUCAGUUCAUUGGUCAAGUGAAGGUAUUAUUGCCAGUGGAGCAGCUGAUGACGCCAUACGAUUUUUUGUGGAGGACAAAGAUGGUUUGGUUGAUGGACCUUCGUAUAAGUUGCUGCUGAAGGAGGAAAAGGCACAUGGCAUGGAUAUAAAUUCAGUGCAAUGGAGCCCUGGGGAAAAACAACUUUUGGCUUCUGCAAGUGAUGAUGGUACGGUCAAGAUAUGGGAACUGGCUUCACUAUGUACAGGAAAUGGCUACUAGCUACUGCAAGUGAUGAUGGUACGAUAAAGAUAUGGAAGCUAGCUUCAUGAAACGGCUCCAACUUCUAGUUAUUAUUUUUUGAUACCAAUUAUGUCUGAAUGAGUGAUUGUACAAAUUCUACAUUAAUUGAAGUUUUGUGAAAUAUCAAGAUAGUUUAUUUAGCCAAGCCUUUUGGCUUAAAUGGCAUUGGCCCCCUCAGUAAAAGGGGAAGCCAGGUUUCAAACUACAGUCAUCUGGGUAGGGAGGGAGUUUACCCUAUUGGAUAAACCAAGGUAAUUAUGCCUAAUACAAGAAAAGGUUAUUUUCUCAAGGAAAAUGUGGCUGUAAUUACUGUCCAGCAGAUUUGCUCUGCUCAUUUGAACCAUAAGUUGUUUAUAAGAUAAUUUUGUCUCUGGCUUUACAUUCUA